UACCAUUUGAGACCUGGUAAGACCCUCUAGCUUCUCUAAAUUCUUCAUCAAAUCGAGUCGCAUACUGUUCUGCAACUCUCUCUCACCCAAAGCGCGAGCAAUCGUCUCAGCUGAUCGGUCUAUGAGUGGCCUCAUCUCUCUCAUCUCAGCUGCAACUUCAGAGUUACGAGCUUCAACCCCUUCAUUUAUGAUAUCCGCCAUUACU